GCGCGCGGGGUCGGCCGCGCGCGGGGAGGAGGCGGCGGCGCGGGGCCUGGCGCGGGGACCCCCCAGGCGCCCUGUCCUGGGCGCUGGAUGCUCCGUGCCACGCGCGCGCUCGAGGACGGUGGCGGCGGGGCCGCUGCACUAGGGUGUCCGCGCCCCACCCCUCGCCAGGUGACAGGUGACAGGUGACCAGUCUGCGGCCACGGAGCAGAGGGGUGUGUGCGUGUGUGCGCUCGAGGGUGUAGAGAAGCGCAGCAGGGAGGCGAGCGCACGGGUGACACCCUUGGAGAAAUCGCAUCGUAAAGGAGCUUCCCUGGGUGCCUGUGCAGUGGGCGUGGAUGAACCUGGCCCCGAGGGCCUCACCUCCACAUCCCUGCUGGAUCUGUUGUUGCCCACUGACUUUGAGCCACUGGACUCGGAGGAGCCCAGUGAGGCCAUGGGUCUAGAUGCCGGCCUAGCCCCAGGCUCGGGCUUCCCCAGUGAGGACAGCGAGGAGUCCCGGCUCCUGCAGCCGCCACAGUACUUCUGGGAAGAGGAGGAACUAAAUGGCUCCAGCCUGGACCUGGGUCCCACUGCAGACUAUGUCUUCCCAGACCUGACUGAGAAGGUGGCCUCCAUGGAAGACCCAGGCCAGGCUCCAGACCUGCCAAACCUCCCCUCCAUCCUGCCCAAGAUGGAUCUUGCUGAGCCUCCCUGGCAUAUGCCUCUGGAGGAGGAGGAAGAAGAAGAGGAGGAGGAAGAGGAGGAAGAGGAAAGGGAAGAAGAGGAGAAGGAGAAGGAAGAAGCAGAGGAGGAGGAGGAAGAGGAGGAGGAAGAACUGCUCCCUGUGAGCGGGUCCCCAAGAGCCACCACACAGGCCCAUGCCCCUUCACCUAGUACCAGCAGCACCAGCAGCACCAGCAGCCAGAGUCCUGGGGCCACCAGACACAGGCAGGAGGAUUCUGGGGACCAGGCCACAUCAGGCAUGGAGGUGGAGAGCAGUGUGAAACCCACCUUGGCAGUGCCCUCAGUCACCCCAAGUACAGUGUCCCUGGGGGUUCAGAACUACAGCCAGGAGUCUGGGGGCACUGAGUGGCCAACUGGGGGGCUGGGGGUACAGUCUGAGGUUCCACAGGGAGUUGGUGAGGAGGCCACAGUGGGAACAGCUGACUUCGAUGGCCAGCAGGGGGCACUGCCGUCCUCUUCACUCCCGCAAACAGUGCCUCCAAAUGGGACUGAGGUCCCCAGUGAGGGUCCCCUUUACCCCAGAACCCCACACUCUUUCCCACCUGGACCCCAAGACACAGAGUCAACCCCCUCCUCUGCUACCUGGGGACAAGAAGGUCUCAGUGAGCAGCCCCUGGAGGGUCAGGCAGCGGAAGCUCACUCACUAACACCGUGGGACUCUACUCAGGUGAUCUGCAAGGAUUGGAGCAACCUGGCUGGGAAGAGCUACAUCAUCCUGAACAUGACAGAGAACAUAGACUGUGAAGUGUUUCGGCGGCACCGGGGACUACGGCUCCUAGCCCUGGUGGAGGAGGUACUGCCACGCCACCGCAGUGGCCACCGUGGGGACUGGCACAUCUCUCUGAGCAAGCCCAGUGAGAAAGAGCAGCACCUGCUGAUGACUCUUGUAGGAGAGCAGGGGGUGGUACCCACUCAAGAUGUCCUUUCCAUGCUCAGUGGCAUCCGCAGGAGUCUGGAGGAGAUUGGCAUCCAGAACUACUCUACCACCAGCAGCUGCCAGGCACGGGCCACCCAGGUGCGAAGUGACUACGGGACACUCUUUGUAGUGCUGGUGAUCAUUGGUGUCAUCUGCUUCAUCAUCAUUGUGCUUGGCCUACUCUACAAUUGUUGGCAGCGCCGGAUGCCCAAGCUGAAACACGUGUCGCACGGUGAGGAGCUGCGCUUCGUGGAGAACGGCUGCCACGACAAUCCCACGCUGGACGUGGCCAGCGACAGCCAGUCGGAGAUGCAGGAGAAGCAACCCAGCCUGAACGGUGGGGCCAUCAACGGCCCGAGCAGCUGGAGCGCGCUCAUGGGCAGCAAGCGCGACCCUGAGGACUCGGACGUGUUCGAGGAGGACACUCACCUGUGAGCGCCGGGCCCCGGCCCCGCGCCCCUCCCGGCCCUCCACGCGGGCCACUAUGCUUCCCCACCGCAGCAGGCGACCGCGGCGCAGCUCCCACCCCGCCCCGCCCGGCCCGGAGCGCUUGCCCGAGGCCAGCGCGCUCCCCGCGCCCGGACUCCAUUAAAGCCGCCAAGACGCGCGGGCCGCUCCGCC